AUGGCACAGAGGGCAGCUAAGUCAAUGGAAAUGGGAGGAGAUGGCAAAGGUGACAUUAACAAAGUGAAAGCGAAAGUCAUUCCAAGAAACCAGAGCAAAAUAAAAGUGAACAAUCAAAACAAGACACCAGGGAAGAAACUGUAUGUUUAUGGUAGUACCACAUCACUCAUCUUAAUGGGAAGUUUCAAGGCAGAAAUAAAACUGUUAGCUGAACAGACAUGUAAACAAACACAGGCUGAAUUUUUUGUCUUGGAGGAAAAGGGAAAAUCACUGUUAAGUAUGAAUACUGCUAUUGAGUUAGGAAUUUUAAGGUUAGAACCUGAACAACCAGAUACUGUGCAUAAUGUGGAGAAUUUGAGACAAAGGUACCCAAAACUGUUCACAGGACAUGAACUCAAGAAGGUACUGGCGAGUACAGAAACUCUAGGAUAUUUCAAAAUUGGAGCAAAAACUCAAAUCAUCGCUGAUUCGAGUCCAGUAGGUCUAGGGGCAGUGCUUGUUCCGGAAGAUGAACCCAACGAAAGGCGCAUAAUUUCAUACGCAAGUCGGAGUCUCACUGCUGUGGAACGACGGUAUUCCCAAACGGAAAAUGAAGCACUCGCGCUUGUGUGGGCACGUGAACGCUUCCACAUGUAUAUUUAUGGUAUCAAAUUUAAAUUGGUCACCGACCACAAACCAUUACAGUAUAUCUUCUCUGACAAAUCUAGGCCGUGUGCUCGUGUAGAGAGAUGGGUUUUAAGAUUACAACCAUAUACAUAUACCGUGAAACACAUAUCUGGUGUUAAAAACAUCGCUGAUUCUUUAUCAAGAUUACUUGUGAAGGAGGAGGUGAAACAACUCCGUCGAGACAAAACAGAGUAUGUGAAGUUUACUGUUGAUUCGAGCAUUCCCACUGCUACGAAGACAGAGGAAAUCGAGGAGGAAUCCCACAAGGAUGCUGAUCUACAAAACAUUCGUGAGUGUUUGUUAAGUGGUAAAUGGGAAAAGUUACACAAUACGAAUUAUCUGCUGAUAAAAGAUGAGUUGUGUUGUGUAAGAAAUAUUGUGCUACGCGGUACAAGAUUAGUGAUGCCGACAUCACUACGCGGUAGAAUCCUGGAGCUAGGGCAUGAGGGACACCCUGGAAUAGUCCUUAUGAAACAACGUCCGUCUGAGAACCAAAGUAUGGGGGCCCAAAAUGGACAACGAAGUUGA